GGCAACACAUGUGCUGCUAUAACUCGGAGCUUUGUCUAAAGUCUUCUCCACUCGUGUCUCCUUCUGUCCGAUCAGUAAAUCAGUCUCCUGAUUCUGUACAGCUCUCAGAAUGAAACCAGAGUCCAGACGGAGCUCCAGAGGAAAAACUCCACACACUCCUGAUGAUACUGGGUCAAAGAUGCAGCAAUGCUCAGAUUGUGGAAAGAGGUUUUCUAAAAGUUAUUUCAGAAUUCACCAGCGGAUUCACACAGGAGAGAAGCCGUAUAAGUGCUCACAGUGUGGGAAGAGUUUUACUCAGCAGACUAGUCUCCAAGAGCACGAGCGUAUCCACACAGGAGAGAAGCCAUUUUCCUGUCAACUAUGUGGGAAGAGUUUUACUCGUAAAAGUCAUCUCCAACAGCAUGAGCGUGUCCACACAGGAGAGAAGCCGUAUAAGUGUGGACAAUGUGGGAAGGGUUUUACUCGCAAAAAUCUUGUCAAAGAGCAUGAGCGUAUCCACACAGGAGAGAAGCCAUAUCAUUGUGGACAAUGUGGAAAGACUUUUACUCGUCACAGUAAUGUCAGAGAUCAUAAGCGUACCCACACAGGAGAGAAGCCAUAUCACUGUGGACAAUGUGGCAAAACGUUUAGUCACCCGAGGACAUUCCGCGAUCAUCAACAUACUCAUACAGGACAGAAACUCUAUCACUGUGGACGUUGUUUACAGGGCUACAACUGGUUUGGUGCAUAUAAGAAACAUAAAUGCCCUGACAUAAAGCCAUAAGCUCUUGACAUGAAUUUCUCUAGUGGAACUUGUUUACUAUUCAUGUUUCAUACCAAUUUCCAUGAUUUUAUUUUGAUUUGUAAAGCUAUACAAAUAAAACUUUUUUUUGAACUCUGA